CUCUCUCUCUCUCUCUUCUCUUCUUCCUCUCCAUUCUGCAGAAGAGGCACAUUCCCGUCGGUCAUCCUCAGACUUCUACGCAGCCUCCCUCAAUUCCGACCCCGACCCAUUUCGCCGACGCCGUCGCUUCCCUUAAAGACUCAUCCUUUCCUCGCUUCCCCUCUCCCAAUUCCCCCAAAGCUCUCGCCUUUUCAAUGAGCCUCGAUCCUCAGAUCCAUGGAGGGCCGGCCCACAAUUCCACCUAGCAGAUUUCCUCGUUCCCCGUCUCGGUUUCCCCAAUGCUCUAAAGUCCCAGAUCCCAGAACCCAUCUCUGAAUUUUUCUUUUUAUUGUUUUUGGGUGAAGCAUUCUCAGCCGUCCGAUUCGGACCCACCACCGCCGGCGAUGAAGGGGAAGAGCCGCUUGUUCACGAUCGGGCUUGUGACGGCCUGGUACUCAUCCAACAUUGGCGUUCUGCUGCUGAACAAGUACUUGCUUAGCAACUAUGGCUUCAAGUACCCGAUCUUCCUCACCAUGUGUCACAUGACGGCGUGUUCUCUCCUCAGCUACAUCGCGAUUGCGUGGAUGAAGAUGGUGCCGAUGCAGACCAUUCGAUCCCGGGUUCAGUUUCUCAAGAUCACCGCGUUGAGUUUGGUCUUCUGUGUUUCUGUUGUGUUUGGGAACAUUUCGCUUAGGUACUUGCCGGUCUCGUUUAACCAGGCCAUUGGGGCCACCACGCCGUUCUUUACUGCGGUUUUCGCUUACUUUAUGACCCUCAAGAGGGAGGCCUGGCUGACUUACCUGACGCUCGUGCCGGUGGUUACUGGUGUCGUCAUUGCCAGUGGGGGUGAACCAAGUUUCCAUCUAUUUGGGUUUUUGAUCUGUAUCGCGGCAACUGCUGCCAGGGCGCUUAAGUCAGUGUUACAAGGGAUUUUGCUUUCUUCUGAAGGAGAGAAGCUGAACUCGAUGAACCUCCUAUUAUAUAUGGCUCCGAUAGCUGUUGUUUUCCUACUACCUGCAACACUUAUCAUGGAAGAUAAUGUCGUUGGGAUAACACUAGCUCUUGCAAGAGAUGAUGUGAAGAUUAUAUGGUAUCUGUUAUUCAAUUCGGCAUUGGCAUAUUUCGUAAAUCUGACCAACUUUUUGGUCACAAAACACACCAGUGCUCUGACUCUUCAGGUACUAGGAAAUGCAAAGGGAGCUGUAGCUGUGGUUGUUUCGAUAUUAAUUUUUAAAAAUCCUGUUUCUGUGACUGGAAUGAUGGGUUAUUCCCUCACAGUUUUUGGAGUAAUUCUAUACAGUGAAGCGAAGAAACGAAGUAAAUGAUAUUUUCAUCCUGGGAAAGCAUCAUGUGAAAUUUCCUACAUUAUGAGGAACAGACUAUGAGACAGCUGUGGCCUUCCCUGAAUCUAGAGGCAAGUUAUGGCCACAUACUAGCAGUUGUUGCCGGGAUUUUGCCUCUAAAACAUCUAUUUUUUGCCUGGAAGCCUGAAGUGCAUGGUUUCCAUUUGUAUCAGCAACACCGCAGGAAUAGUCAAAAGUAGGAAAUUCAAUAAGUGACUCGUAUGUCUCUGUUAGUCCCAGCUUGGGGGUUAUGCAGGAAUAUAUUUUUAUCUUCUUAUUCUUUUAAGUAAAGGGUUGUAGAAUUGGUUCUUACACAAUCAGUCUGUUAUUAACAUUUCACAUAUUGAUUAAUUAAUGAAAAACAUUCAUAAUUCACAA